AUGUCAACCAGGACCUUUGUUGUUUCCGCCUUGGUGGGAACCUGUUCCCUUUUCACAAACGCCUUUGUGUUUCCUCGAGCCAUGCCGCAAAAGACGACUACCAACCUGGACAUGUGCAUCUGCAUCGACUGUGCCCGAGUGACCAACUGUCAAGCAUACCAUUUUGUAGAAUCCAAGCACAAUCAGCCACAUAUAAGCAAAAGUCCAACAUUCAUGCCCCAACAAGGAUCCCCCACAAUACACGUCAAUGUGAGAACCAUUCGUACACAAGAAGAUCGUCAAAAAGAAAUGGAACGCAUGUGGAGCGAACACGAGACCGAGACCGCCAAUGCCAUGGCCAAGGCAGAACAACAGCAAGACAAUGACAAUAGUGAACCACUCGUGGGAGAAACCAAAUAUGAUCUCAGCCCCACCACAACCACCGAAUACGAUGUCGUCAAAUGCGCCGAUUAUCAACACGACCAGGAUUGUUGGAUCCGAAACAUGCCACAGGAAAUCAAAGAUGCCAAUCCACAAUUUGUGCCGAGUUAG